GCCGUGCCGGGUGAGUGGGGCGCUCUCGCGGGCAUCCCAGCGCCGGGGCAGGCCGGGUAGUGCCCGAUCCCGCGGGGCGCGCGCUGCUGCUUUAGGCACCCGGGCUCGGGUGCGGGUCUGGGAGACCUGUCGGUCGGCGAGAAGCCUCGGUGGCCGGCGCUGUGGUUGCGGGACCUGGGACGCGCGCCCAGGCGUCCCACCUCCCCGGAGACUGGGGCAGGGUGGGUGGGGCCCGGAUCUAGGGGUAGGGUCGCGGAAGCCUUGGUUACAGAGAGUCGCACACGUGGCCUAAUGGUCGCGACACCGGUGACGAGCGCACGGAAAGUUUGGAGGCUUAGCAAGGAGGGUGGUGCCGGCCUCCGCCCGGUGGUGGCAGAACUGCCUGUGCGAGCACCGCCUCCACGUGGGCUGCGCCGCCGGGCGUCAGGUCGGGCCUAAGAGACACGCUCUACAGCUGUGAAAUCUGAAGUUCAGGAAGGAUAGACUGGGAGGAAGAGGAUCUGAUUUCGCCACUCAUUAGCUGUAAAUCUGGUGCCUCGGGUUUCAUGUCACUGCGCUCAUCUUUGAGCGGAGGAACCUGAUUUACUCAGCUGCUUCUGCUGGUACUGGUUUUUGCCUCCUGGACAUCAAGCUUUGUAACCUCAUGGUUACCAAAAUACAUUGAGGUUUGCAUUUCCUUACUGCUUUGUCUUGAAGACAGAACGAUGCCAAAGAAAGCAAAGCCUGCAGGGAGUGGGAAGGAAGAGGGGCCGGUUCCCUGUAAGCAGAUGAAGGUAGAAGCAGCUGGGGGGCCUUCAGCUUUAAACUUUGACAGUCCCAGUAGUCUCUUUGAAAGUUUAAUCUCGCCCAUCAAGACAGAGACUUUUUUCAAGGAAUUCUGGGAGCAGAAGCCCCUUCUCAUUCAGAGAGAUGACCCUGCACUGGCCACAUACUAUGGGUCCCUGUUCAAGCUAACAGAUCUGAAGAGUCUGUGCAGCCGGGGGAUGUACUAUGGAAGAGAUGUGAAUGUCUGCCGGUGUGUCAAUGGGAAGAAGAAGGUUUUAAAUAAAGAUGGCAAAGCACACUUUCUUCAGCUGAGAAAAGAUUUUGAUCAGAAAAGGGCAACGAUUCAGUUUCACCAACCUCAGAGAUUUAAGGAUGAGCUUUGGAGGAUCCAGGAGAAGCUGGAAUGUUACUUUGGCUCCUUGGUUGGCUCGAAUGUGUACAUAACUCCCGCAGGAUCUCAGGGCCUGCCGCCCCAUUAUGAUGAUGUCGAGGUUUUCAUCCUGCAGCUGGAGGGAGAGAAACACUGGCGCCUCUACCACCCCACUGUGCCCCUGGCACGAGAGUACAGCGUGGAGGCCGAGGAAAGGAUCGGCAGGCCGGUGCAUGAGUUUAUGCUGAAGCCGGGUGAUUUGUUGUACUUUCCCAGAGGAACCAUUCAUCAAGCGGACACUCCUGCGGGGCUGGCGCACUCAACUCACGUGACCAUCAGCACCUACCAGAACAAUUCAUGGGGAGAUUUCCUUUUGGAUACCAUCUCGGGGCUUAUAUUUGAUACUGCAAAGGAAGAUGUGGAGUUACGGACCGGCAUACCCCGGCAGCUGCUCCUGCAGGUGGAAUCCACAACUGUUGCUACAAGACGAUUAAGUGGCUUCCUGAGGACACUUGCAGACCGGCUGGAGGGCACCAAAGAACUGCUUUCCUCAGACAUGAAGAAGGAUUUUAUUAUGCACAGACUCCCCCCUUACUCUGCGGGAGAUGGGGCAGAGCUGUCAACACCAGGUGGAAAGUUACCGAGGCUGGACAGUGUAGUGAGACUGCAGUUUAAAGACCACAUUGUCCUCACAGUACUGCCGGAUCAAGAUCAAUCUGAUGAAGCUCAAGAAAAGAUGGUGUACAUCUAUCAUUCCUUAAAGAAUAGUAGAGAGACACACAUGAUGGGAAAUGAGGAGGAAACAGAGUCUCAUGGACUUCGCUUCCCUUUGUCACAUUUGGAUGCACUGAAGCAAAUUUGGAACAGUCCAGCUAUUUCUGUCAAGGACCUGAAACUUACUACAGAUGAGGAAAAGGAAAGCCUGGUAUUAUCCCUCUGGACAGAAUGUUUAAUUCAAGUAGUCUAGUGCCUUUGCAGAAUCAAAUGCCUACUAUUUUAUAUGCAUAUAUUAAAAGCAAAGACCUGAGCCGAGGAGAGGAUGAAUUCAAGUUUCCUUACCUGCGUAUCUACUAACAUGAGACCUCCCUGUUACAGGUGGUCAGUUGGCCAAAUGUACUAACGGGCACAUGAAAGAAAGAACAGCAAAUUACCAAGUGUCUCAGAAAAUGACAAAACCAUAUUUUGACAAGUUUAUUUAAUCCAGUGUGGUAGAAAAGGCACAAUUCCAAUGUAUCAUUUAGAAUUGAAUGUCAUUAACCUGGCUUUGUUCUUUGGAAGAAACAACUUCUUUAAAGAGCUUCUUUGGCUCUAGAAAAAUUUCAAACAAUUAAAAUAAGAAAAAAUUUUAAAUUGGUUUUUUAUAAUGAAAAUAUACAUACCUUUGUGUAUAGACAAGCCCAUGCCCAUUAAAAUAAAGUUAUCCUGUAACAUAAAUUUUAUUAAAUAAUACUGCCCCACAGAUGAGAGGCACGCAACACCUAUGGACAAAAGGGAGUUACAGAGGCUGCUUAAAAGAUGGAGAAAAGCCUGAGAUUGAAGGAGGAAAAAAACCCAGUAUUUAAAGUCUAUAAAAAAAUACUCAAAAUAGUGGGUCUUCGAGUUUAAAAUAGUCAUUGUUAUUUUACAUUCUAAAGUGCAUAUAGGUUGAUAUUUUUAAAAAUAUCAUUGGAGAAUUUAAUCUUUAUAAAAAUAGAGCAUUUUUCUGCUUUCUGGCAAAAGUUGGGGAUAAAAGGAAAAAAAGUUGUCAAAAUGUAAGUUUCAAUCCAAUUCACCAGGAAAAAAUGCUUGUGAAUUGUACAGUAAAAGGUGGUAAUGACUACUGGAAGCUAAGUCAAAGGUGAUUUCCUACCUGAUUUUACUUAAAUAAAAGUUACUUACAAUGGGAGUGAAAAA